AGGUACCGUGGUACCGCGGCUCCGUGAUCCCGCCGCGCUCUGCCCGCUCUGGCCCGCGGCCGGCACCUGCCCGGCCGCUGUCCGGGGCUCCGGGCCUCCGCCGGGAGCCACCGGCGGCGCGGGCGGGCUGCGGCUCCCGCCCCUGCCCUACCGGGCUCCGUCGGGGGUCCCGGCUGUCGGGGCCGUUCCCUUUUCCGGGAUCGGUGCCUCGGGGGGGGUGGGAGCCCGGUCUGUCGCCGGCCGGGACGCUGCGGGACGGUCCCUCGGCUCGGGCGGCCCCGGGACGGUUCCGCCGCCGCCCUGGCCGCCUGCCCGCCGCCCGAGCCCGGCGCUCCGCGGGACGGAGCGGGGCCGGUGGGUUCGGAGCACCCCUUCUGGGACCCCCUCUGCCCCCCCAGGGCGGGUAGAUGUUUCUGAAACUGCCGCAAGGAAGUAACGAAUUAAGACGGACUAAAAAUAAAGGCCCGGAGCGGGAUCGCGGCUGGAGCUUCCCCGGCUGCGGGGCGGGGGCAGCGGCCGGGUCCCGGUGCCGCUCGGAGCGCGUUUCCCUCCCGUGGGCCGGUGCUUUAUAUUUUUAGGGGAGCUUUUUUUGGAGGAUGAAAUUAUCCAGAAAGAAAAUUGGUGUCUAAUUUGAGCUGAAAAUGGACGUCUGAGGUGUGCGGGGAGGAGGGACUGGGGCCGCUUCCCUGCCCCCGACAGCGCGGCGGGGGUGGCGGGGCAGCCCCCGGUGCUUCAGCGCCUCCCGCUCGCUCGCGUCUCUGCCCUUCAUCAUCCUGACUCUGGUGAACUCCCCCUACAAGCGAGGCUUCUACUGCAACGAUGACUCCAUCCGCUACCCCUACAAGGCAGACACCAUCACCCACGGCCUCAUGGCCGGCGUCACCAUCAGCUGCACUGUUAUCAUUAUCUCGUCGGGGGAGGCGUACCUGGUCUACACUGAGCGUCUCUACUCCAAGUCAGAAUUCAACAAUUACCUGGCUGCCCUCUACAAGGUGGUUGGGACCUUCCUCUUCGGGGGGGCCAUCAGCCAGUCCCUGACUGACCUGGCCAAAUACAUGAUCGGCCGUCUCCGGCCCAACUUCCUGGCUGUCUGCAACCCUGACUGGUCCAAGGUGAACUGCUCCAUCUAUGUGCAGCUGGAGAACGUCUGCCAGGGAGAGAGCAGGAACGUCACCGAGUCCAGACUGUCCUUCUACUCGGGACACUCUUCCUUUGGCAUGUACUGCAUGAUGUUCCUGGCGCUCUACGUGCAGGCCCGCCUGGUGGGGAAGUGGGCCCGGUUGCUGCGUCCCACCAUCCAGUUCCUCCUCAUCGCCUUCGCCAUCUACGUGGGCUACACCCGGGUGUCCGACUACAAGCACCACUGGAGCGACGUGCUGGUGGGGCUGCUGCAGGGGGCUCUCAUUGCCGUCCUCAUCGUCCACUACGUCUCCGACUUCUUCAAGCAGCGUCCGCCGCGGCAGUGCGAGGACAAGGACCCGGAGCGCAAGCCCAGCCUGCCCCUCACCCUGAGCGACCCCGACCACAAUCACUACAGCUACCGGGGUGCCCCGUGAGCCCGGGCUGCAGCCCUGCCCCUCGCCGUGCUCCUGGCUCCGGGGACAGCUGCCUCCGCAUUGACCAUUGGCUCCACGGCUCUGGUGCCUCUGGCUGACACGAGUGGGACAGCCCUGCCUGUUCCCACUGCCACCGUGCCACCGUGCCCGUGGUGCUGCCGGUGCCUGGCUCCCCGUGGGGAGGGGAUGUCCUCCCCCCCUGUGCGUCACGCCCCAAGGCUGCUGUCCCAGCCCUUCAGGGAGGGGAGGGCGGCGCGUGGGGGUGGAUUUGUUGGGCUGGCAAAGCACACUGAGCGAAGAGCAAACUCCUUGGGAAGGCUGAGCUUGCCUGGGCCGAGUGUGUGUUGUCCCUGUCAAAUUAUCCAGCCAUACAAGUACAAAUCCUCACAGGCACAGAGGGAGCAGGACAGCUUCUGGGCUAGCCAGAGUGUUUUGGAAAGGAUUAAAGCAAUCCAGAGCUCUUCUCUGCUCCAUUGAUUACCUUUAAGAGCAGUCCUGCCCGCCAGCAGCUGCUGUGAGCAAAGGGUGCCUGGGCAGGCUCUUCUCUGGCUGUGCCCAAUUCUGCAGAGCUGGGAGCCAGAGCUGUUUGCCCCCUGCCUGCUUCACGCCUGGCUUGGGCAAGGAGCUGCUGCUCUAGCCUUUGUCCCUCCUGCAGCUUCAGCUGAUGCUUUAGGGUGUGUGGCGGGGCUAGGGAGACAUUUUCUGUGGUAAAGGAAAAUAAAUGGGGAUGUGGAGCUGUCCAAAUGUCCUGGGAAAGUGGGGGCAAUGGGUACAGAGCAGUCCCAUCACUGACACGUGGCUGCCUCCAGCACUGGAGUGCUGUGGGUCUCUUUUUAAAAUACACGCAUUUUCAUUAUGAUGUUGUUUUUAAAUUAGAUCAUCUUUAAAGAA